AUGAGAUUUUUCGACGUCGUGACCGCGGCCCUCAUGGCCACUUCAGCCGCCUCCUACCCUGUUAGAGCAGCCCGCAAUGCUCCCGCGCCAGUUGAGGGUCUUGAGGGUAUCAUGGGCCGUGAUGCGGAGCCCCAAAAACUUAAGGUCGAUAAGCGUGAACCUCAGAAACUGAAGGCCAAUAGGCGCGAGCCACGGAAGCUCAUGGCCGAUAGGCGCAAGCCCCAAAAGCUUAAGGUCGACUAA